GAUGGCCAAAUCCCAAUGAGAAGGUGGUUCUGCUCGAUUGUUUCCCGUUCUUCAGUCAAUCGACCCCAUCAUCAACACCUUCAUCAUCAACAUCCUCGACCAUACAGCACAAACAAAACUCAGUUCUUCAGAGUCAUGUCCACCGAGGCCAAUCCACCUCCCCCGGCACCUCAAACCAAACAAAAUAAUCCGGCAAAGACUAAAAAACCUAAGCCUGAGAACCUCGAUGAAAGCAUGAACGCAUUAGAGAUCAGUCCACGUCCACCUUACUUCGAUCAUCGGCUGGAAAUUUGGGACCGUUUGAAGGCGAAACAGGAUGAAGAAUUAAAAUCGAAACCCCGCGAGAAGAUCAUGGUCCAACUGCCGCAAGGAGAUCCCAAGGAGGCCGUUAGUUGGCAAACCACGCCGCUCGAAAUCGCGCGCUCUCUCAGCAAAAGCUUGGCCGAGCGGAUCGUGAUUGCUGAGGUCACUUUACCAGGAGUAGCCAAGCCGAUCCUGUGGGAUUUGGAAAGGCCUCUCGAGUCGAGCUGUUCCCUGCGUCUCCUAGAUUUCGAGACCGACGAGGGCAAACGGGUCUUCUGGCACUCAUCCGCCCAUGUCUUGGGCGAAGCCGCCGAAAAACACUACGGCUGUCAUCUCUGCAUAGGCCCGCCUACCGACGAAGGCUUCUUCUAUGAGAUGGGAAUGGGUUUGAGUGGCGAGAGGGCUAUUCAAGCGACGGACUACCCAUCAUUACAAAAACUGGCUGAAAUGGCGAUCAAGGAGAAGCAACCUUUCGAGCGCUUAGUGGUCUCGAAACCAGACCUAUUAGAAAUGUUUGCGUACAACAAAUACAAGACAUAUUUGAUCAACUCGAAAAUCCCCGAUGGAAGCUCGACUACCGUCUAUCGUUGCGGACCAAUGAUCGAUUUAUGUGUCGGGCCACAUAUCCCUAACACUGGUCAAAUCAAAGCGUUCUCCGUCCUAAAGAACUCAGCAUCUUAUUUCUUGGGCGAUUCCGCAAACGAUUCAUUGCAACGAAUCUACGGGAUUUCGUUCCCCGAUAAGAAGGCGAUGGCUGAGUACAAAAAGUUUUUGGAGGAAGCUGCAAAGCGAGAUCACCGCAAAAUUGGAAAAGAUCAAGACUUGUUUUUCUUCCAUGAAUUGAGUCCAGGCAGUUGUUUCUGGCUGCCUCAUGGAACUCGAAUCUACAAUACCUUGGUAGAAUUCUUCAAAUCUGAAUAUCGCAAGAGAGGGUACGAUGAAGUGAUCUCCCCAAACAUGUACAAUGCCAAGCUAUGGCAAACGUCGGGCCAUUGGGAGAACUACGCGGAUAGCAUGUUCAAGCUGGACAUCGAAAAGGAAACGUUCGGACUCAAGCCUAUGAACUGCCCCGGCCAUUGUCUAAUCUUCGGUUCCCGCGAUCGGUCGUACCGAGAAUUGCCGAUCAGAAUGGCCGAUUUUGGGGUCUUGCAUCGUAACGAAGCCAGUGGGGCUCUCAGCGGCUUGACAAGGGUCCGGCGUUUCUGCCAAGAUGAUGCUCAUCAUUUCUGUACCACCGAGCAGAUCGACUCGGAGAUGGCUGGAAUCUUCGAUCUGUUGAAGACGGUUUAUGGGAUGCUGGGAUUCACAUAUAAGCUCAAGCUAUCCACACGGCCUGACAAUUACAUUGGAGACCUUGAAGUCUGGAAUCUAGCAGAAAAGCGGCUGGGGCAAGCACUCGAUGAAUUUGUUGGCCCUGGAGAAUGGGACGUUGAUCCUGGAGACGGAGCGUUUUAUGGGCCCAAGAUCGAUAUUACGAUUUCGGAUGCUCUCAAGCGUAGACACCAAUGUGCGACGAUCCAGCUAGACUUCCAAUUACCUGAGCGCUUUAAACUGCAGUAUCGGACCGAUCAAGGCGGGCAAGGUGCCGAAGCCGGGGCCGAAGAACGUAAACGUCCGGUGAUGAUCCAUCGUGCCAUCAUGGGCAGUGUGGAACGAUUCACCGCGAUCUUGACAGAACAUUUUGCUGGAAAAUGGCCAUUCUGGCUGUCGCCUCGUCAAGUAAUGGUCAUCCCCGUUGCUGCUCCCCAUAAAGCUUACGCUCAAGAGGUCGCUCAGAAGCUGUGGGAUGCUGGCUUGUAUGCCGAUGCCGAUAUGUCCGAUGCCACAUUACCCAAAAAAAUCCGGAACGGGGAAGUUGCCUCUUACAAUUUCAUCCUAGUUGUGGGAAGUGAGGAACUGGAAAGUCGAUCGGUGAAUGUGAGGAGUGCUGAUGAUGUAGGCCAGAAAGGGAAAGCAGAGGCCUUGCCGUUUGAGGCGGCACUAGAGAAACUACUGUCAUUGAAGAACGAAAGACGGAUCGAGAAUCGAUUGCUCUGAUGUUUUCCUCAUUAUUCAUAUCUCUAUCUACAGUUUCAAGUAGAAAUCCAGUAGCAGUAUUUACAUACCUAGUAACCCGGCCAUGAUACUUAAAUACGUUCCAUGGCCUUGUGAGAUCUCCAUAGAAAAAGUAACCCAUCCUCAGUAGGACUCGAAUCUUAGAUUUUCUCAUCUCAUUCUGGUGCCCUCAUUUAUACCCCACAUACUGCACAGGUUGCGUGUUACAGUGGUAGCUGUGGCUUGAGGAGUUUGUCAAAAGAAAGUUGAAUGCAUCCUUUGGUUUCUUUCUUGCCUUUGGGGCAUGU